CAUCCUAGUCAUUUCAGUUAUCCCAGUCAUCCCAGUCAUCCCAGUCAUCCAGGUCAUCCUAGUCAUCCUAGCAAUCCCCACCAUCCUAGUCAUCCCAGUCAUCCUAGGCAUCACGAACAUCCCAGUCAUUUUAGCCACUCACCAAGUAACUCUAGUCAUCUCAGAUAUUCCAGUCAUCCCAAUCACCCUAGUCAUCCAGGUCAUCCUAGCAAUCCUAGUCAUUCCAGUCAUCCUAGGCAUCCCAAACAUCCCAGUCAUUUUAGUCACUCACCAAGUAACUCUAGUUGUCUUAGAUAUUCCAGUCAUCCCAGUCACCCUAGUCAUCCAGGUCAUCCUAGCAAUCCUAAUCAUCCCAGUCAUUCUAGGCAUCCCAAACAUCCCAGUCAUUUUGGUCACUCUAGUCAUCUUAGUUAUUCCAGUCAAGUGAGUCACCCUAGUCAUUCUAGUCAUUCCAGACAUCUCAGUUAUCCCAGUCAUCCAUUUAUUUUAGUCACUCACCCAGUCACUCUAGUCAUCUUAGUUAUUCCUGUCAUCCGAGUCAGCCUAGUCAUCCAGGUCAUCCUAGUCAUCCUAGGCAUCCCAAACAUCCCAGUCAUUUUAGUCACUCACCCAGGCACUCUGCAAACAAACAUUAAUUGUCCCAUGGUACACAGAAAACACAGCCUGUAGUCAUCCCACUUACACAAAUCAUCUCAGUCAUCUCAGUCAUCCUGGUCAACCCAGUGAUCCAACAUCCACCUUAAAUAAACAGCUUUGUUUCAAAUAAACUAAGCUAGGAUAUGCUGUUGGGUUUUCUGAUAAAUGCUUUGACAAGUUCUUUUUUUUUUAAGACAGUUUAAAUUAAUAAUUGUUAUCAAUAAAUAUUUUUCUUUAAGGAAUGGACUAUUUUGCGUCACAAGUUCUGAAGUCUUGAUGAAGAAGAAUAACAUGUCAACCUGCUGGACAAUGUAAUACAGUCAGAAAACAGGAUCAGGAAGAAAGGGCAGCUCUAAAAACAAGGUAAACAAUUCUCUUUACAGGAAUACAUUAUGUGCAUAUACCAUGUGUGACAUUACAUUAACUCUAUUUAAAGCCACCAAUCUGUCAGUUGUUCAAACGAUUGCAGUCUUGAAUUCAAAAUAACUUGUUCAUUUGAUUUUAUUUUGUUAUUUUGUGGCUGCCUUGGUUUUUUUUCUUUGAUGGCUAUAGCCUGUAGAGCAGGUAUAUUUGGCAGGGUGGCGGACACAGAGAUUUGUUCAUGGUUGGUGAGUGUGUACGAUUUUUAUUCACUUGUUGUGAAGAAUCGCAAACGAAUGAGUGAGUGCAGCGAACAAGUGAGUUUACGAUUCCUCACAACUCAUGAAUAAAAAUUGUAUAAGAGAACCAACCAUGAAGUUUUUUGUUUAUUUCAUAAGUAUGGAGAUUUCUCUCAAACAAUUAUGACAAAUUAAAAGCGAUUAGAUGAUGAAAUGAGUUUUAUUCACUUAAAUGCUUAGUUUCCAAAUUGAACAUCUUUUCAAACCUUUUAGACGAUGAAAUGAGUCUUACGCACUUAAAAGCGUAUAAAAGCUUUAACAUUUUGUCUUUUAAAAAUUUCAGCUAAAAGAAAAAAUGAAAGUCAUAAAAGCUAGUUGAAAGCUUAUAUAAUGAACGGUGAUUCAUUUCACAUAACACGCAUUACCUUCUACGACUGCAGAAGGAGUAGAAUAAUCACAUAAAGGUUGAAGGAGGUUUAGGUCACAUUUCAAGCAUAGGUUUUCAUUUCAGUAGCUUUACUGGUUCAUUGUAAAUCAUUGUGAUGAGUGGUGGGGCCUCUUGUAUGAUUACCUCCUCAUGCUUUCCUUGCUAAUUUAAGUUCCCUACCACCACUUUUCGGAUCAUCAUAUGUUUCUGGAAAACUCCCGACCUACCUCUCCCCUAAGCCAACGUUAACACUUACUUCUCACUUAGGGCAAAAAGCUGGCUUAAGGGAGGGGUAGGUGGGCAGUUUCCCAGAAGCGUAUAAUGAUCCCACUUUUCUAGGCACUAGUUUCCCUUCUCAUCCACUAGCAGGGCUGUCACUAAGUCUUUAAGUUUCUGGAUCUACAUAGUUAGUCAGCGGGAAAUUGAGCAGCUAGGAAUUUUUUUGGUUUCAUUUUCCUUUUGUUUCCUAUAAAAAUAGCGUGAGGUCAUGCUCAUGGGCUCAGUGAACAUAUUGAUAAAAGGGGUUUGACUGUUAUGGUUCUAAGAGAAUAUAUGAAUUGAUAAACAGAAUAAUAACUAUUGUAAUGUUUAUGAUUGUAACUUGACUUACAUGCUGAUGUAUGCUCAUGUUUUUCUUAUCCAGAUCAGAUGCAUUACACUGUAUGCCACAAACAGACAGGAUCAAGUCUUCAACAUUAAGGCUUUACAGGUUAUCUUAAGUACCGUAUUACUUUGUAAUCCAGCUCUUGAGUGAACCAGAUAAACAAAAUGUGGCUUGCUUGUUCAAAAGACAAUUAUUAUUAAUCUUAUCCAGGACACAAAAUUAAAAAUGCAUUUAAAUGCACUUUAAAGUAGUUAACAGUAAAGUGCAUCUUUAAGGGAUUGGUUGGUUUGCACACACUGAGUAGUUUGCUACAAAAUUCACAUGAUGCAAGUCAUGUGGAGAUUUCUUUGCACAGGGAUUUUUAUGCUACGACGUUUCUUAAUACAAUUCUUUCUACUGUAGAAAUUAGUUAUAAUAAGUAAAAAAUACAGGGCAAAAGUAUUGACAGCUGAUUUCCGUAUAAAGUUGAGUGCAAAAUUUCUUUAGUUGCUGUUGUGCAGAAGAGUUGGUUUUGAUUUUGAACAGAAUCAGGAACAUUUCAAAGAAUUGAAGUUAAUUGAUAAACAUGAGUUGAAUCAAUGUUUAUUUUCAAAGCAUCCGGUNAGGCGAAACGAAGAGUGGAGGCCAAGUAUAUAUUCAAGGUUAUACUAUUUAAUUGUUAAAGGAGAUUACAUGAGCAAGGCCUAAGGUCAACUGAACUAUAGAACAAUCAUAUCAGGAUAUAUAUGUCGAGCACGGUUACUAAGUAGGAGGUUUAAGGGCUAAUCCCACAGUUAUUUUUUCCUGUGACGUACAUGUGGUUGAAUGUGGACAAGCGGGUUACCCCACUUAAGCGGGUUAACCUCACUUACCUGGGGUUUACACCUCAUUACGGACAUUUUUCUAUGUCCCUGGAGAAAGCCCUUACAAUUUCUCUCUACCUUCUCCUUUCCUCAAGGGAAGUUUCAUUGGAGAGACAUCUGCGCCUUAAUGACAGAAAUUCCAUCGCAAUGACAUAAAAUUUGUGCUAAAUCUGGUCAGGAGUUCUGAUUGGGUGACAUAUUAAUUGCAUUGUUUUAGCUUUUUGUUUACAAAGGACAGAAAAGACAAAACAAAACGCACAAAGAGUGUUUUUGCCGCUCAUUCACUGGAGAACUAACAACGUAACCACAAUAGACCAGGAGGAACACAAACUCAAGCAAAUUUGUAGUUGGAACCCCAUGACUACUAGAUUACAUUAUGUAAACAUUGAUUUGCAUCGUCAGUGUGGAAUUUUUUUCAUUAAGGAGUAGACAUCUCUCCUGCGAAACGUCCCUACUAGCUGCGAGGAGUGAGAAGAGACAGCUGUAUUCGCAGGCUAUAGUCAUCCCACUUAUCUCAUUGACUCCCAGUCAUUUUAUUCACCCUAGUUACUCUAGUCAGCCCAGUCACCCCAGUCACCCUAGUCUUCUUAGUCAUACCAGUCAUCUCAAACAUUCCACCAUCCAAAUCAUCCCUAGUCAUCCUAGUCCUCCUAGUCACCAUAGUCAUGCCAGACACCCUAGUGAUCCUGGUGAUCCAAGUUAUCCCAAUCAUCACAGUCACCCUUAUCAUCCCAGUCAUCUCAAUCAUCUCCAUCACCCUGCCAUCCAAUCCCAGUCACACAAUUCAUCCCAGUCAUCCUAGCAAGGCUUGAUGUUGCGACCUGUGGGGUUACCAGUGCUACCAACUUUUACUCAGUGGCGACUAAUUUUCAUGUCUAGUCGCCAACCUGGCCCCCAAGAUAGGUGACUUUCUUCUUUGGGAAAACGUACACCAAUGAUAGUUUGUUAUCCUUUACAAAACUAGCGGAUAGCUAACGGUUUUUCUCACUCUCUAACGUUUUGCCCAAACGUUCUAACGGAUUGUCUAAACGUUUUAACGAUUUGUCUAAGUGCUUUAAUGAUUUCUUCCAACACUCUAACGGAUUGUUCUUAUGAUCUAAGAGUUAGUCCGUUGAACAUUUGACUUUUACUUGAAAGAGGAUUGUGAAAAACACAAGGUAGAACGGACAUUAAAACACGCAAAAACCAUGGAAAGGAACUCUGCAAUGUGUGAAUGCAUUUUUCACCAACUUGCUGUCAGAAAUGCGAACGUCAACGUAGUAAAAUGAUCUAUUGCCAGCAUAAUUCGAUAUUCCUUAGGCCAAAAAAAUUUAUAGUAUUCAUUAUUAAAUUUUGACCGGCCAGAAUCAGGGUUUGUGCGGGCUAAAAAAUAUUUGGCCGGUCAUCAUGACUGGCAAACUGCUGUCCAUUUUUGUCAGCCCUGCUAUUCAUCCAGGUCAUCCUAGUCAUCCCAGUCAUUCUAGGGAUUCCAAACAUCCCAGUCAUUUUAGUCACUCGUGAACCCAGUCACUCUAGUCAUCUUAGUUAUUCCAGUCAAGUGAGUCACCCUAGUCAUCCUAGUCAUUUCAGUUAUCCCAGUCAUCCCAGUCAUCCCAGUCAUCCAGGUCAUCCUAGUCAUCCUAGCAAUCCCCACCAUCCUAGUCAUCCCAGUCAUCCUAGGCAUCACGAACAUCCCAGUCAUUUUAGCCACUCACCAAGUAACUCUAGUCAUCUCAGAUAUUCCAGUCAUCCCAAUCACCCUAGUCAUCCAGGUCAUCCUAGCAAUCCUAGUCAUUCCAGUCAUCCUAGGCAUCCCAAACAUCCCAGUCAUUUUAGUCACUCACCAAGUAACUCUAGUUGUCUUAGAUAUUCCAGUCAUCCCAGUCACCCUAGUCAUCCAGGUCAUCCUAGCAAUCCUAAUCAUCCCAGUCAUUCUAGGCAUCCCAAACAUCCCAGUCAUUUUGGUCACUCUAGUCAUCUUAGUUAUUCCAGUCAAGUGAGUCACCCUAGUCAUUCUAGUCAUUCCAGACAUCUCAGUUAUCCCAGUCAU